GGGACAAUGGAUAUAAUCAGGGACGACCAUUAGUGAACACUGUGUACAAAACAAGAAAGAUAAAUAAGAAAGUUCAAGAGAAGAUGAAAAAGUGUUGGGCAAGCAUGGAUCUUCAUAAUGGAGAAGUAAAUGACGCUUAUUUCUGGUCGCAUGAGUGGGUUCGUCAUGGCCAGUAUACUGGCUGGUCUCAAGGUUGUUAUUUUUCAGAGGCGGUAAACCUAUUUGAGAAGCAAGAAAUAACCGGUGUUAUACUCACACGUUUCCCUCCUGGACCUACCCAAACUCUUAGUGUGAGGGAUUUGGAAAGAGGCGUUCAUGCUGAGAAAAAUAUCAUUGUGUUUGUGAAGUGCAACACCAACAAGGAUGAUGACCAACAGUUGCAAGAAAUUGGCAUUUAUUAUCGCUAUAAAGGAGGCAAAUGGUCUGCAAUUGACCACCCAAAGCAAUCAGAGUGCAAUACCAACAUUCCCAUGGUCUUUCCGUACGAAUGAGUCAAUUUUUUUUAGAUAAUUAAUAUUUAAUAGAGGAAAGCGGUCUAAGAUAUUUGAUUUCGUGUAAGCUUGGCAAUAAUAAA